UAUGCCAUCUUUCACUUUGUCUGAUAUUGAUAAUUUACGAAAAAAAGAUAGCAUAUUUAUAUUGAGCAGGGUAAAAUAAAACUCCGUAAUGUAUCGUUAAUGUUAUGAAAUCGUCCGAACUUUCAACCCGGCCGGACUAAGCUGUCAUCACAGUAUCGGGAGUUUAUUGUGAUAAUUGACUAACGAGAAUAGUAUUUAAUAGUUAAUUGAUAUCAGUGAUUAAUAUACAUACGCAAUGGCUAACGCUGAAACCAAUACUAUAGACAAAGAGCUAUGCGUUAAUCCUAAGAAGUUCAAGUCAGAAAAUGAAGAUUCUAAGCGCAUUGAGAAUACCGUUCAUCAGAAUUUGAAAGAUUUAUCAAAGUUUAAGUUAAAACGUGUAAUCAAUAAUAAUGCACAAAAAAAACUAUUGUGCGUUGAAGGAACGUUCACAGGUUACGAUGGAUCUGCUCUAGUAUUAUUAGAAAAGAAAGCUUUUGUCGAGGAUAACCUUGAUGAACAUCUAUUCAACGAUAGCUCAAUACUUAGUAAAGAAUUUGAGAAUGAUUUAUACGGAAAUUACAAUUGUUUUCCAUUGGUAAAAUACAACAGUAUAAAAACCACAAUCAUUCAUCCAGCGACUGAAAAACAUAUUGCAAAAUUUGAGAAUCAACCGGUCCACAUCGUGGAUGAAACUGCUGAAUUGUAUAAGGAAGUUACUCUCACCCAUUUGAACAAGGAACAAUUUUCUUUACAGUGGGUUUAUAACAUAUUGGAACAUAAGGCAGAGCAGGAAAGAAUAGUGUUCGAGGAUCUAGACCCAAUAACUGGUUUUGUUUUGAUACCAGAUUUGAAAUGGGACGGUAGUCUAGAGACUUUAUAUCUUCUGGCGAUUCCAAUGCAGCGGGGAAUAAAAUCAAUAAGAGAUUUGAACGAUUUGCACUUACCCUUGCUCAAAAAUAUCCGAGACUCUGGAACCAAAGCAAUUUCCACAAAGUAUGGAGUACCUACAUCCCAACUGAGAAUUUACUUCCACUACCAGCCCUCAUUUUAUCAUCUCCACAUUCAUUUUACAUAUCUGAAGUACGACGCACCAGGAAUAUUCACCGAGAAGGCUCAUCUAUUGUCUACAGUAAUAAACAACAUAGAAUUAAUGGGUGAUUAUUAUUCAAAAGCAACUUUAUCGUUUGCUGUAAAAGAAUCAGACACCUUAUUCGCAAAAUAUCAAGAGCAUGGGGUCUUACCAGUUAAAUCAGCUGAAGUCAAAUGAUUUUUGAAAGUUAUUUUGUAACUCCCGAUGCACAUCUGUAUUUCUGAUAUUCAUUAAUAAAUUUUGGUAUAACUGAAA